AUGUCUGCCUCAUCCCCAAACAUCAAUGACUCGUCGAUCAAAAUGGUGAAUAAGGACUCUCCGUGUAAAUUGUUCACUAUCACUCAGUAUCAAUGUACGCCUCUAGGAGGUAGAGUGACUUGUUGGCCGUUAGAAAGGAUUUUCAGACAAUGCGGUGAAGAUAAACCAGCUAUCGAAGUUACGAAUAGGUUGAGCUCAAAAACAGAUGAUGAUGAGUUGAUCGUAGAUCCGAAAUUCAUUCAAAAUCCACCCAAAGCUAGAAAUUGGAAUGAUUUCAAAGGUCCUUAG